AUGGCUGCAUGUUUCGGAGCACCGUACAAAGUGCCCAAUGGUUGUGGUUACGAUUAUUGCCAUCUGGGCAAACCGGAUAAACUCAAUGUUCACAUAGUUCCACAUACCCAUGAUGAUGUCGGCUGGCUGAAAACAGUUGAUCAAUAUUAUUAUGGUGCGCGUAAUUAUAUUUCAAAUUCAGGUGUCCAGUACAUUCUUGAUUCCGUUAUUGAAGCACUAGACGAGAAUCCUGAUCGACGUUUUAUCUAUGUUGAAAUUGCCUAUUUCUGGCGUUGGUGGAAUCAACAGAGUGAUACGACUCGUAACAAAGUCAGACAAUUAGUUAAUGAUGGUCGUCUGGAAUUUAUUUCUGGUGGUUGGUGUAUGAAUGAUGAAGGAGCAACACAUUACAGUUCAAUCAUUGAUCAACAUAGUUUAGGUGCUGAAUUUUUACGUGAUCAAUUUGGUGAAUGUGCUAGACCAAAAAUUGGCUGGCAAAUCGAUACAUUUGGUCAUUCACGUGAAGUUGCUUCACUUUUUGCUCAGAUGGGUUUCGAUAGUCUGUUGUUUCGACGAGCCGACUAUCAAGAUGCUGAUCAACGACAAAAAACCAAAACAAUGGAAUUCGUCUGGAAGGCUAGUAAUAAUUUGGACGAACAAGGUUGGCUAUUCACGAGCUAUGCAGUUCGUCCUUACUCUCCACCGGCUUCAUUUUGUUUUGAUUCAUCUUGUAUCGAUCCACCCAUUAUGGAUGACCCGCGUUUGCACGACUACAAUGUUCCCGAACGUGUUCAAGCUUUUAUUAAUGCUUCACAUGAUGAGCAAGCAAAUGGUAGCGAUGUAAACGUAUUCUAUUCUACACCAUCGUGUUACUUUUAUGCACUUAAUAAGGCCGAUCGUGUGUGGACAUCGAAAACUGAUGACUUCUUUCCUUAUACUCGUACACCACAUGGAUUUCAUACAGGCUAUUAUACCUCGCGUGCUGCCUUGAAAGGUUUCGAACGUUAUACAAAUUAUAUACUCCAAUGUGCUCGACAACUUAAUGCACUUGCUAAUCUCAAUCAACGCCAUAUAUUGUUUCCGUUAAACGAUGCAAUGGGCAUUGUUCAACAUCAUGAUGCCAUUACAGGAACAGAAAAACAGGAAGUUGCUAAUGAUUAUACACAACGAUUGAGUGCAGGCAUCGAUGUCACUAUGUAUCUUCGAAUUGAAUUCGAUGAUAAAGGCAAUAUGCAAAAGAUUAUCAAUAAAGAUAAGCAGAUUGCCAUUUCAUUAGUUAGUCAAGGCUUGUAUUGGUACCCAUCCUAUCCAGGCAAUGGUUCUGGACCAGAUUCUCAAGCAUCCGGUGCUUACAUUUUCCGACCAUGGUCACAAGAACCUAGUCCAGCAAACGAUUCAAAAACCAUUAUAUGUACACUCACUGAAACUAUCCAAUCAGCAUUGAUUAUCUAUAACGAUUGGGCUAGCUUUGAAGUGAGUCUUCAUCCGGGAUCGCUUACUAUCGAUGUCGAGUGGACAAUUGGACCUGUUGCAAUUAAUGAUAACAUCGGCAAGGAAGUUAUCAUGCGUUAUGAUACUGAUAUUGAUAGUGCAGCAACAUUCUAUACAGACGCAAACGGCAGAGAAGUUCUACAACGUAUACGUGAUUAUCGACCAACAUGGAAUUAUACAGUUACUGAACCUGUUAGUGGUAACUAUUAUCCGGUUGUUAGUCGUAUUUGGAUCAAGGAUAGUACACGUCAAUUUACAGUUCUUACAGAUCGAUCAGAAGGUGGCUCAAGUAUUAAGGAUGGUUCGAUCGAAAUUAUGCUACAUCGGCGAAUCUUACACGAUGAUUCACAGGGUGUCGCUGAAUCAUUGAAUGAAACUGCUUAUGGUCAAGGUUUGGUCGUACGUGGUCGACACUCUUUGAUCUUGGAACCACCGACAACAAGUGCUCUGAUUCAUCGAGUUACUGCUCAACGUAUUUACAUGCACACAUUAUCAACUUAUGCAAUACCUCCAUUAUCUUAUCUUAAUUAUACAAAUAAAUACCGUUUAACAUGGUCGGCACUUUCGACUGUGAUGCCAGUGAAUGUCCAUCUGUUGACAUUUGAUCAAUUGGAUGCAAAAAAAAUUGUUGUGCGUGUUGAACACUUUUUUGAACGAAAUGAAGAUGCUAUCUACUCGCAACCAGUUACAUUUGAUUUGCAAUCUCUCUUCAAUAGUCUAGGUACUAUUAAAGAUUUGCUUGAAUUGACACUGGGUGCUAAUUUUUCGUUGAACGAUCUUCAUCGCCUUGUUUGGAGAACUAGUGAAGGUGAAACGUCCAAUAAUACAUCUAAGCAAUCACCACUGACAGGCACGAUGAUCGCACUCAAUCCAAUGCAAAUUCGAACAUUUCAAGUAACACUUCAAUAA